CCCUCCACCCCCCACCCCCAUCCCCGCGCGGCGAGCGCUCACUUUCUCCACGCGACGACGGCGGCGGCGACGAAGACCUCCCCACUCGCGAGCGGAGGAGGGACGAGAGAGAGAGAGAGAGAGAGAGCUGCCGCUAGUGUUCGGUCGACUCCAGCCAUGUCGGAGCAUCCCGCGCUGCGGAGCUCGGUGGACAGCCGCAGCUCCGCGCUGCCGCCCCCGUACCAGCGCCUCCCGCCGCAGCACGCGGACCCACUCAACUCCGUCUGGAUCCGCCGCCUCCACCCCAUCCCCGACCAUCCGCCGCCUCCGCCGCGGCCCCCGCCCCCGCCUCCUCCGCCGCUGCUGCAGGCGGCGCAGCCCCAGGACGCCGUCUCCACGGACGAGUCCCGCACGCCGCCGCCGCCUCAUCCCGCCGCCCCGCUGAGCGCGCCCGGGUUCGGUCCCUUCCGCUGGAGCCCGCGCCCGCUGCGGGCCGCGCCGCCCGGCGCGUGGGACGCCGUCAGCGCCACCUCCUCCCCCGUCCGCAGCGUCAGCGGCGGCGGCGGCCCCCCUAUGCUGUCGCCGUUCUUCCGCCUGCCCGCGCCGCCGCUACCGCAGCCGGUCACUGAUGUUGGGGAGUUCUCGAAUACCGUGCCACUUAUUGAGGUUAGCAGCAGCGGCGGCAGCGGCAGCGGCAGCGGCAGCGCUGCGUUCCCGGGGCUGUCGUCGCGGAUGACCACUCCCGGAGGCAGCUCUCAUGUAGCCCGUUUUGCAAUGGGGGUUGCAGGUUCUGCUUACCCUACCCAUCCUGUGGACAUGGUUCCCGUAAGAACUCUUCAGGAUAUCCAUGAUCGACAGCCAAGUGUGAUACCAAGAAAUUUUGCUAUGCAUUCCCCUAGUUCUGGAAGCCAACAUGAUGGAUUCUCAUAUUGGAACAUGGGGAGGUUUCGGCGGAACACCACCGCUCCCUCCUUCCCACCAUCUGGUGUCGCGCCUGGCAAUUUUGGCAAGAAGAGGAAUGCUGAUUCAAACAAUUUCCUACCCCUGAAGUUCAGGAAAAUGAGCGGGGCAAUUUGACAGCCGGCCAAUGCAUGAGGGCGUCGUAAUACUCUCUGCUCUCAGGAUUAGCAUGCUGUAGCUCAUUCACAACGUAAUGACUGCUUAAAGAGGCUGGAGAUGGCAGCAUUUGGGGCAACCCUGUAAAUUGUAAAUCUGCUCCAUAUCGCCACUAAAGGUUCGUAGAAUCUGGUGGCACCAUAUAGAUAGGGAGGAUGCCCAGUGCCACAUCUCUUACGAUGCUUGUAUACCUCGGAAAUAAAUGCAUUGCGUGUGCUUACAAUAGUUUUGUCAUGAGAAAGGCUUUACAUUGCGGAACCAUUUUUUUUGGAAAAAUUACAAUGAUGUCAUUAUAAUUUUGUAAAAUUAGAGAUAUGACAUACUGACCCAUGCGGCCCCAUAUGUCAUUAAGA